UUUUUAUUCCCAGCAUUAAAAAUGUCUUGGCUAAUGUACAUCGCCAUAGCAGCCUUCUCUUUGUUGGCGCUGGCUUACUACAAGAUCAAGAAGAUGUUUAGGUACUACAAAGACAUGAACAUUCCUUACGUCGAACCGAAGUUUCCUUUAGGAAGUGACCCGGAAGGCGUUUUGUUUAGAAUACAUAUUGGUGAUAGUUGGGAUAAAAUAUAUAAACGAUUGGAAGGAAAACCGGUAGGAGGGUUCUUCCAGACUGUCCUCCCAUUCCUCAUGAUUCGUGAUCCGGAGUACGUUAACCAGGUACUUAUAUCCUCAUUUGAACACUUCUUCGACAGAAACUUCCUGGUUGACGAGGAAGUUAAUCCACUUGAAGCUCACCUAUUCCUACUGAGGGGGAACAGAUGGCGAUACCUCAGGAAUAAAUUGAGCCCUAUCUUUAGCGGUGGUAAACUCCGGUGGAUGUUCGAGGAGAUGGAGAAAUGCGGAGAUAUAUUCGUAGAAUGCAUCGAUAAACUGGCAGAUGGAAAGGACCGAGACGUUCUAGAAGAACUAGCACGAUAUGCUACAGAUGUUAUAGGAUCCUGUGCCUUUGGACUUGAGAGUAAUUGUUUAACAAAUCCAACUUCACAGCUUAGACGAAUGGGUAAAGAACUUUUUGAUCAAACAAAAUUUAAUUGGACCCAGAUAUCUUUCCUACUGAGAUUUUCCGUUCCUCGGCUACUGCUAUGGCUCAAAGUACGAUCUUUACCUUCCGAGAUAGAGAACUUCUUCUGUUCAACCGUAAGUAGUGUUUUGGAACACAGGAGGAAAACCGGCCUAAAGCGGAGGGAUUUUGUGCACCUCCUACUUCAGUUAAAAGAAAAAGGGGUUGUAGAGAUUGAUACUAACGAAAUUGAUCAAGAUGUACAAGAAAAUAACGACGUUGAAAAAUUUGAAAUCACUGACCGUCUGCUCAUGGCACAGUCAUUUGUUUUCUUUGUGGCUGGUUUCGAAACAACGUCCAGGACCUUACAUUUCCUCAUUUAUCAAUUAGCUCAACAUCCGGAAAUACAAGAAAGGGCUAGGCAAGAAGUGCUGAGGGUUAAAGAAAAGCAUAACCAAUUUUCUUACGAUGCCCUCAAAGAAUUGACAUUUUUAGACAACUGUAUUUCAGAGACUUUGCGUAUGUAUCCACCAGUUGUUAUGUUAAAUCGGGAGUGUACCAAGGACUUUACAUUUCUAGAUGGUAGCUCCAUAAAGAAAGGAGAACAAAUAGUGAUUCCAAUCUAUUCAAUUCAACGAGAUCCAAAAUACUUUCCAGAACCUAUGAAGUACAAUCCAGAUCGAUUUGCUUCAGAUCCUCAACGUGGGACUUACUUACCUUUUGGUGAUGGACCUAGAAUUUGCAUCGGAAAAAGAUUCGCUCUGGUCGAAAUUAAAAUUGUAAUGGCAAGAUUGUUGGAAAGGUACAGUUUUGAACCAAGCUCAUUAAAUAAGGAACCGAUUGAGCUAAAUCCAUGGACAAAUAUUCUUUGCCCUAAAAAUGGAUUGUAUGUAAAAAUUCAGAAGCUAAAUGGUUGUAAAUAAAUAUUUUAAUUUCCG